AUGGCUUCCGACGGCUUUCCUCGGUAUCUCUACAAAAUAGUCCCGACGGCUCCCCCGGAGCCCUUGCCUCAAGAAUAUCCUCUCUCAGAGCUAGACCAGACCGAUGGCUUUGUUCAUCUGAGCACUGACGAGCAGGUACCGAACACCUGUGACCUCUUCUUUACCCAGACCACCCAGCUCUGGGUGCUGAAGCUGGAGUUUGCUCCAAUCAAGGCUGAUAUAAAGUGGGAGGGCGGCUUCCCCCACCUGUACGCCAACUUUGGAGCCAAGCAAGUAGUCUCCGUCAACAAAUUCAGCAGGUCAGAGGAUCAGAAGUGGAGUGAAAACAUGAAGGGCUCUACGUGGCUGGAAUAG